GACUCGUUCUUGGUUCAGUACCGGACGGCAAGAACCACCGACGAAUAUUUCAGCAUCACAAACGACAUUUUGUUCGAAAGCCAAAGGUACUACUAAGAAGCAAAAAUUGUUCGACAGGAGCACUUCACGCAAGCACUUUGUCAAGAAAAUGAAAGACUAUGUUGCCUGUCUUCCUACCCAUAGGUUGCUGAUUUUCAUCGCAGUUUUUUGUUUCGUGAUUCUAGACCAAUGCAACGGAUUAAGCGGCAAAACCAAUUUGAAUGCAACUCCCGAAGCUAGUAGACAAAUUACUCAUCGAGCUUCAGCGAUCUUUGCUCUGAUGGAGAGCAUGAAGAGGAAAAAUAAAUUCGCGAUUCGCGUACUCGAGCAAGACCCAUCCUUUUUGGAUUUGGAUCAAAAGGAUCGUGCUUUUGCUAGACUACUGUUGUCGACAGCGGAAAGGAGAUUGGGACAAAUCGAUAUUGUUAUCGAAAGUUUUCAACGCAAAGAGAAAAAGAAGAACUCCAAAGUAUGUUAAAGACCUAGUUAAUGGUGAAGAUGYACCGUGCGAGAAGAUCUUUGGUAUUCGAUUGAUGCCCACGGCUAUGUUACCUCUGACGCACUACGUUAUUUCUCCUUACCUUUGUCUCUUGUUAAAAAAAACACCAUAACAUUUAAAUGUAAUGCAUGAUGAAUAGCCUCGGUUGUCCGAGAUCCUUGUCGAGGCAGCACUUAGAAUAGGUGCUGCACAACUCUUGUUCAUGGAUGUCCCUAAAUAUGCAGCAAUUUAUGAAACAGUCGAGUCUCUACGGCUGCAUCCAAAAAUCAAGGUGCCGUAAGUCAAGUCCUGUAAAAUACACCCAUCGAUGUUCGGUCUAUGUUUAUCAACCAGACCAUUUUUUUCGAASUGUUUGCAUCAAUAAAGUUCGAUGUUAUUUUUGUGUCCACCACUGAGAUGUGUUCGAUCUCAUUUGACACGUCUUCCAUGCGUUUUGUGUCGACUCGCCUGCAGAAAGUCACAGAUUAGUUUUGCAAAUGCUGUGCUUAGAAAUAUUGAUAGAGAAGGAAUUCCUGUGUUGAAAACGACUUCCUCCAUUAAUAAUUUGGAUUUGUGGUUGGCAAAACAAUGGGUCAAACAAUACGGUAAGGAUACAACAGAGACAAUAGUUGAAGCUGCCAUGUCCCAGUCCCCAGUGUUCAUCACUGUUAAUCAUGCGAUUCAAGAUGAUGGCGAAUACGAUGAUGAUAGUUCAAUGGCAAACUCUGCGAUAUACCAAGACCGAGUUAUUGAACGAUUGGAACAGAUAAGAGAUAUUUUUUCGGCUAGCGAUGAUAAGGGCGACCUACUACCAGCAGAGUUACUUCCAGUUGGAUCCAUUCGGAUACCAGAUAAUCUUGGUGGAGUUGUGUCAAAGUGGCCGCUAUAUGAUGAAGGCGCAUGGUGGGUUCAGGAUGUUAGUGCGACAUUGCCGGCAAUAGCUCUUUUUAACAGCCUGUCCAGUAAACAUGAAGAGCAACACGUACAAGAUAUGCAUGUGGUGGACUUAUGCAGUGCUCCCGGGGGUAAGACUGCUCAACUAUGCUCGAUGGGCUUUGGUAGUGUCGAUGCCAUUGAACUUAGUGCUAAAAGGAGUCGCUCACUUCGUCAAAAUCUGAAGCGACUCGGAAUGGAAGAAAUUUGCAAUGUUGUCGUAGAAGAUGGGAGGGAAUAUGAGCCAGACGCUAUGUCAGGUCCUGUUCGUGGAAUUUUAGUUGAUGCUCCUUGUAGUGCUACUGGUGUUGGAAGCCGACGUCCUGAUGUUCUUCGGAAAUCGAUCGAUAUUACGGAACUUUCGGCCAUCCAACGGGAGCUACUCGUCCAUGCAGCAGACAAUAUUUUAGAGGUUGGUGGCGUACUGGUUUAUGCUACAUGUUCGUUGUUGAAGCAAGAAGGAGAAGAUCAAAUAAAUUGGUUGCUUUCCGAAGUUGGAUCCAACGCAUCGAAUGCACAACUAGAGACGAUACCUUUUGCACCUGGUGAGAUCCCAGGAUUUGAUGACUGUAUCGACGAGAAUGGGUGGCUUCGUGUCAUACCUGGUGUCUUGCCUGGCUCAUUAAAAUUCUGUGAUGGCUUCUUUGUAGCUAGAUUAGUUAAAGUAUCAAAAUAGUAUACACUUACCGUAGUAGAAGCAAYUGAGGGAUAACUUUUGUAAUUACUAGUACCACCAAUAAUUUAAAGCAUGAGAA